AUGUGCCGAGUAACGGGAGCGCCGCCGCGGAUCCUGCCGCCGCUGGCGCUGAUGCUGCUGGCGGCCCUGCAGCAGGCACCGAUAAAAGCAACCUGUGAAGAUCUGUCAUGCAAGACUGGAUUUCCUGAAGAUGUUCACAGUGCAGUGGUGUCAAGGAGCGUACAUGGAGGACAGCCCCUUCUCAACGUGAGGUUUCGAAGCUGUGACGGAAACAAAAAAAUACACUUUGGAAGCAGUGAGCCAGAAGACUUCAGAGUAGGUGAAGAUGGUGUGGUCUACGCAGAGAGAAGCUUCCAGCUUUCAGCAGAGCCCACGGAGUUCGUCGUGUCUGCUCAAGACAAGGAAACCCAGGAAGAAUGGCAAAUGAGAGUGAAGCUAACCCCUGAGCCAGGCUUCACAGGGGCUUCAGAACAGGACCAAAAGAAAAUUGAAGACAUUGUAUUUCCAUGGCAACAACACAAGCACAGCAGCCCUCUGAAGAGGCAGAAGAGAGACUGGGUUAUUCCUCCAAUCAACCUACCUGAAAAUUCCAGAGGACCAUUUCCUCAGGAAUUAGUGAGGAUUAGGUCCGAUCGCGACAAAAGCCUCUCGCUGCGGUACAGCGUGACAGGCCCAGGAGCUGACCAACCUCCAACAGGCAUCUUCAUCAUCAACCCCAUCUCAGGACAGCUGUCUGUGACAAAGCCUUUAGACCGGGAGCAGAUUGCUUCUUUCCAUCUGAGAGCACAUGCAGUGGAUGUGAAUGGAAACCAGGUGGAGAACCCUAUUGACAUUGUUAUUAAUGUCAUUGAUAUGAAUGACAACAGACCUGAAUUCCUACACCAGGUUUGGAAUGGGACAGUCCCAGAAGGAUCAAAGCCAGGAACCUAUGUGAUGACUGUUACUGCCAUUGAUGCUGAUGACCCCAAUGCACAGAAUGGGAUGCUGAGAUACAGGAUUUUGUCCCAGGCCCCGAGCAGCCCCUCUCCAAACAUGUUCACAAUCAACAACGAGACUGGGGACAUUAUCACCGUAGCAGCUGGGCUUGACAGAGAGAAAGUACAACAAUAUACGUUAAUAAUUCAAGCUACGGACAUGGAAGGAAACCCAACAUAUGGUCUUUCAAACACAGCAACUGCUGUCAUCACUGUGACAGAUGUCAAUGACAAUCCUCCAGAGUUCACUGCCAUGACUUUCUAUGGGGAAGUGCCAGAGAACAGGGUGGACGUGAUCGUAGCGAACCUGACGGUAACGGAUAAGGAUCAGCCCCACACGCCGGCCUGGAACGCCCUGUACCGCAUGACCGGAGGGGACCCCACCGGCCGCUUCGCCAUCCUGACCGACCCCAACAGCAACGAUGGGCUGGUGACUGUGGUGAAGCCUAUUGACUUCGAGACCAACAGGAUGUUUGUACUGACUGUAGCUGCAGAAAAUCAAGUGCCUUUGGCUAAGGGGAUCCAGCACCCUCCUCAGUCAACAGCAACUGUGUCCAUCACGGUCAUUGAUGUGAAUGAGAGCCCCUAUUUUGUCCCAAACCCCAAGCUCAUACGUCAAGAAGAAGGGCUGCUUGCUGGUAGCAUGCUGACAACUUUCACUGCUCAGGACCCAGACCGUUACAUGCAGCAAACCUCUCUGAGGUACUCCAAACUUUCAGAUCCUGCAAACUGGUUGAAAAUUGACCCUGUUAAUGGACAAAUAACCACUACAGCUGUAUUGGACAGAGAGUCAAUAUAUGUGCAAAACAAUAUGUAUAAUGCAACCUUUCUUGCUUCUGAUAAUGGAAUUCCCCCAAUGAGUGGAACUGGCACACUUCAGAUCUACCUGCUGGACAUCAAUGACAAUGCCCCCCAAGUGAACCCAAAAGAAGCCACCACUUGUGAAACUCUGCAGCCUAAUGCAAUUAACAUCACUGCUGUCGACCCUGACAUAGAUCCAAAUGCAGGCCCCUUUGCCUUCGAGCUGCCUGAUACCCCUGCCAGUAUUAAGAGGAAUUGGACCAUUGUUCGAAUUAGUGGUGAUCAUGCCCAGCUCUCCUUAAGGAUCAGAUUCCUGGAGGCUGGCAUCUACGAUGUGCCCAUAGUAAUUACAGAUUCUGGAAACCCACAUGCAUCCAGCACUUCUGUGCUGAAAGUGAAGGUUUGCCAGUGUGACAUAAACGGAGACUGCACCGAUGUUGACCGGAUUGUCGGCGCAGGGCUGGGCACUGGAGCCAUCAUUGCCAUCCUGCUUUGUAUCAUCAUCCUGCUCAUUCUGGUGUUGAUGUUCGUGGUGUGGAUGAAGCGCCGGGAUAAAGAGCGUCAGGCAAAGCAGCUCUUGAUCGAUCCAGAAGAUGAUGUGAGGGACAACAUUCUCAAGUACGACGAAGAAGGUGGUGGAGAAGAAGAUCAGGAUUAUGACUUGAGCCAGCUCCAGCAGCCUGACACUGUGGAACCAGAUGCCAUCAAACCUGUUGGAAUCAGACGUCUUGAUGAGAGGCCAAUCCAUGCAGAACCUCAGUAUCCAGUCAGAUCAGCUGCUCCUCAUCCUGGAGACAUUGGGGACUUCAUUAAUGAGGGACUUAAAGCAGCUGACAACGACCCUACAGCCCCACCAUAUGACUCCCUCUUAGUCUUUGACUAUGAAGGAAGUGGCUCCACUGCUGGAUCCUUGAGCUCUCUUAACUCCUCAAGUAGUGGUGGUGAGCAAGACUAUGACUACCUAAAUGACUGGGGCCCACGUUUCAAGAAACUUGCUGAUAUGUACGGUGGAGGUGACGACUGA